UUUGCAAGUGACGGAAAGGAAUCCGGACAAGAAAAAAUUGAUUACCGCCAAGGACUUUUUUUUUUUACACAACUUUUUUUGCGGUGUUCAUCAUCAUUAUCCACAUAAUCAUCAUCAACCACGGUUGCAAUUGAAUAUGGCCUCGCAAUUUUUCGGUACAUCAUCAAAUCAUUAACUGUAUGUGCUGUAGUGGAACUAGUAGUAGUAGUAGUAGUAGUUUUUGUUGUAGGCGGUGUUAUUCAAGCUGUAAUCAACUUUCCCUCUUGCUGCUGCUGCCUCAUUCAAGAUGAAAAGUUCACGAGCUUGACUCAACAAAUGAAAUGUGUUGAUCGUUGGAGAAUUUCACGACCUGAAUUCCUCCGCCCAUCGUCUGUUUCAUCCCUUUCAAAUCUUUCGACUGCUGCGUCCUCUCGAGCCCACGGACGGUUCAUUGCACUCUUCAUCCAUUGUCGUACCUGACGCUAGAUGGCAUUUUCGCCUUCGCUAGAUGUCUCUUCUAGCUGUUGUUAUCAUCAUUCGUCUUCUGCUGCGGAUGAAAAAUUCGUCAAAUGAAAGAGAAUCUUAAUCUUGUGUGUCAUUUGCUUAUCUCAUGCUGAAAAUUGUAUACACUCCCCUUUGCAUUCACACCGGGAACACAUGAAUCGGCGUAUUCGUUCCUGUCUCCGGACGACGAGAUGAAUAAUAACGUCAUGAAUAAAGAGGCCAUCCAACUGCUGAACGCCGCCAGCAGUGACAGCGACUCUGCAUCUGAUUUGCAAUUCUCAUUGGCCCCUCAACCGACGGUUCAAGUUAGGCGAAAGAUUCGAACAAAAAGUAGGAAACAGAGGCGAGGAGACACUGGAAAUGGAUCUCAAUCUCCCGCGCUUUCCCAACUGUCUUGCUCCUGUUCCAAUGUCUUAAAAAUUGCUUGCAUAUCAUUUGCCGUAGGAGGCACUUUAGUCCUUGGUUGGAUAGUCAUGCUGCUCCACACAGAAGUACAACAGCUCUCUGAGAAACUGGCCAGUGUUCCUGCCUCUUAUGAUGAUGAAACCAUUUUGGGAUUGAAGAGAACCAUUAAGGAGCUGACUUUGAAUCAGUCUUACCACUUUUACGUCCUCCAGAAUUAUUCGAGAGGUUUGGAGGACUUUCGUCAACAAAUGACGUCGAUGACGACUGACGUCAGCAACAUUAAAGACAGUCUGAAGGAGGCCCCUCAAAUGUUAAACAUCGGGAAAGAGCUGGACUCUCUGAAAUCCUCCUUAGUUACUUAUGGUGCAACUAUAUCCGACUUGAAGCUCGGACUAGCCGAGCUAAAAGAAUCGCCAACGGCAGCCAGUUUACUAGAAACCUUCAACUCGACGCUGCAGGGCAGACUGGACACAAUCACCGAAGAUUUGCAUCAUCAUCAUGGAAUGAUUACCUCACUUCAAAAUACCACGGAACGUCUCUCUUCUCAGAUUCCGGCAGCGAAUGUUCCUCAAAGGAUGGAUGCUGUGCAGAAUGCCCUCGUGAAAUUGGAGGCUCAACAAAUCAACACGACCUUAACUCUCAGUUACGCCAUGGAACUGAUCCAACAAAUAACUAGUGGAUCCUUAGGAAGGGCAAAUUGACCCCGGUGCACCAGUAAUCGUAGAUAUGCCAUAAAAAUUUAAAAAAAUAUUUGAUUUUAAUGAAAUUUAAACUUAAAUCGGUAGUUGCCAAGUUGACAGACCUUUAUAUUAACUAGUCUUUUUCAAAUAAUAGCUUUGUCUUUUUUGUCGCGCUCAAAAUACAGUUUCAUUUUUGUUUUUAAA